AUGGAGACUGCAACCAAGCUGAAUAAUGGUACUAGGUUUCUUCAUCCAACAAUAUUUUACAACAUUGACGAGAGUUUCAAUUGUGUAAUUAAGCAAUUGUAUAAUAAAUUAACAUUCGAUAACUGUCCGUCAAAAAGAUUUCAAGUUAUACAACCAGUUUGGAAAAAACUUUGGACGCCCAAUGCUUGGAUAUUCAUUACACAAAAUUUAACGACAAUUCAUGUAAUUUGUCAUAUUGAACGUGAAGAAGUAGUUCUGAAUUAUACGGGAAUCAUUCAUAUCUCUCCAGAUUGUGUAAUACAUUCUAAGACUAUUCCACUGGAAGGAAGAAUGAUGAAAGAAUUUCAAUCAAUCACACACCACAUUAAACCAAUCAGCAUGCAAAACAUUUCAAUACCUGACAGUAGAAUGCAUAAAAUUACAAAUGAAACCGUUAUCCCAUUGGUGCAAGAUUUAUCAACUAUGCUUUUGUACUCCGCAAGGGAUGCUCAAGACAACAUGGACCAAGUCAACGAAAUAUCUUGGAAAACAAUAAUGACUCAUCAAUAUUGGAAGAAAUGGGUCAUCGGGGCUACAGCUAUAAUAAUAAUCAUAUUCGUUGGAGUAUUAUAUUACAUGUGUUACAUUAAACCGAGAAUACCAUCAACAUCAGCCAAUAAUCAUACAUCACCGUCCACUUACGAUGUCGCUUGGUCUUGCACAUAA